ACUAACUUGUUGAUUUAAAAUACAAUAGCAACUUUGGAAAAGUAAUGAUGGUGAUACUAAAAUAAAAUAGAUAAAUAGUUCUGGGAGUUGGCAGCACUGUGUGUGCAUGCUUAUAUAAUUUCUGUCAAAGAAAAGCGAUAAAUGUAUAAGUAUUUACAUAUAGGUAUUUUAUUAUUAAUGAAAAUCUUGUGACCCACUGAGAUGUAAAUGGGAAUAUUCAAAAACCUUCAGGCAUUAUCUAUCUACGCAACAAAAUGAAGCCAAGAAUAACUGACACAGAAUACUUUUUACUGAGAAUUAUUUAAAUCAAGGUGCACAAAUGAAAUUGCUAAUCCCAAAAACAAUGUGGUUAAUUAAUAUAAGUCUGUUCAGGAGAAAAAACCUCAUUACACUUUCCUUAGUUUGCUUCUCGUCUAAACCAACAUCUGCAGAAGUAUUAACAUCAUAUUUGUCACAGUGUAAUGAACCUCCUUGGACCUCCUAUUUUGUUAAGCAGUGUGAAAGAUAAUCAAUUUGGUAUGUCCAACUUUAACUGGAAGGUUGGAAGAUCAAACUAUCAAAUAUUAAGAACUGGAUGCUACCCAUACAUCAAAUACCAUUGUUCCAGAAAAGAAGCAGAGAACUUGGAUGCAUCAGAUAGAUUUAUGAGAGUGAUCAAGGUUGUUAAUUUUGGUAUACCUUGUCUUCUUUAUGGACUUGCAGCUACACAAUUGAUCAGGCACUCAGAGGUUGUGCAGACUUCAAAAGGACCUGUUACUAUUUAUUUCCUGUUACCAGAAGAUAAGGGAUCAAUUUAUUAAAUUAUUUACUGGAUUUUUC